AUGGACGGUGGACACGUCCUGGGAGACGAUAGGACGACGGCGAGGGCGAAAUCGAAUAACGGAGUUCCAAACGGAGAUUGCAGUGUUGAUAGUGAUGUCUUCGGUGAUUCGAAACACGAUUAUUUGAACAGAACGGAUUCACAUGGUUAUGAAACUUAUGGUGUCGGGUUUGAGAGUUUCAGUAGCGAUGCGUUUGGAGAUUUGACCGCCGUUUUGGAAAAUACGGACGGACUGGAAGAUGACGACUACGAGGAUGAUUUCACCGACGAUGAGGACGUCGAUGAGGAGGGCGAGGAAUGUUCACCGAUGCUACCGGCCGCAGCACCAAGGAAAUUAAUGAGAUAUCCACGCAUAGAUGAGGAUGAUGGUUAUGGGGAUAGCUUUGAUACCAGUGGGAAGGCAAAAUCAAUAGAGGAGGGAGAGACUGAGGAUGGGAGGCUCAUUCGUUCGAGCAGUCUCUCGCGGCUGCAGGACGAAGAAGAUGGUGUUCAUUAUCAGAGCCAGGAGGGUGACUACCAAAACCCAUCUACACCAAACGGUUCAGUGCCUCACCCUGGUCACCGGUACUACACCCCACAGCCAGCCAAGAGGAAGGCUUUAAAACCUAGUCCAUCCGCUAAACCUCAACCCUCCGCCAAACCUCAAGUUUCGCAGAAACCUCAGACACCCCCUGUCAAGGAAAAUGGCUCCAGACAGCCCAAGCUAACUCUGACCAUCCCGAAGCGAACAGGAACCUUCGGGAGUCCGAGCCCGGACUCUGGGGAGCAAACGGGAUCGAUUGAUGGGAGCUUUGACAGCGGGAAUGGAAGCGCGAGUGCAGGAAUACUGACCAAACGAGCCCUGAAGCCACCUAGUGCACAAGCCAGGACUGGUGCCGGCAAGACUAGUAGCAUCUCGAGCACACCUAGCACUGCAGGAAGUGUCUUCUCACCGGAAGGGCUCCGAGUUACGCCGGAAUAUGACGGGGACGAACCCAUUCAACCCAAGCGAAGGGCUCCAUCGAAGCCCCCUGUUGGUCGUCGGAAGUCAGACCCCUCGUCUAACACUCGAACCAGACGAGGUGAAAGACAGCAAAGAAAUGAUUCUGGUGAUGAAAACACGAAGCCAAAAUUAUCUCGCAAUAGAACACUGGAAGGUGGAAUAUCACCGUCAGAAAUGGAAAAAUACAGUGUGAGUCGUCACCGUUAUUUCACUCCUCAGCCUAGCCGACGUAAGUUCAGUUUCCGAGAUGGUCAAGGUCGAGUGGUCUCAGGGAAUAGCUCACCUGCUGCUACUCUGCAGCAUCCUCCUCCUUAUACCAGGUCACCCGUGGAGCGCCUUGCAAACCAGAUGCGGAGUAAUAAACAGCUUGAUCGACCACCCAGUUCUGAGACGAUAAGUCCAGAGACCACUCCCGUGAACUCACCGGUGAAGAAACCUAGGACACCGACUAAAGCAGCACCAUCUCCUCCUAAUCAGGCAGCUAAGACCGGGCCAGAGCCUUAUGACUUCGUCACUGAUGACGAUUUCCAGCAAAGCAAUCCAACGAAAGCGACGAAAUCGCCAAUCAGCGCCGGCUGGCCGAGUGGCUAG